AUGAGCGGAGGCGGCGCCCUGCAGCAACGCACCACCUACCUCAUCUCCCUCACCCUGGUCAAGGUAGAGGCUGUGGAGGAGAAUGGAGGGGAGGCCAAGAACAGCACCCAGGGGAAGGAGGCGGAGGCCGGGUCAGCAGGAAGGGCCAGGGAGGAGGCCGGGGCCAGAGUGGAGGCUGAAGGUGAAGCUCCUGCACAGGCUGAGAAUGGAGCUGGAGUGGUUUUAGGACAACCACAAAGAGCUGAGGAUGCUGCUGUUGUGAAGGGGGGGAAGUUAAACGAUGAACUCAAAGAUGGAGCGAGCAAACCCCGCAGCCCUGUGAAAGAUAAGCUACCUGCCGCUGUUGAUGUCCCGAGUAAAGGAGGUGAGAAGCCACCGUGCAACCUGCCAAUCCCCUCACCUGCUGAGAGAGCAACCAUUCAGAAGGCAAAGUCUGCGGAGACAGACUUAACAAGAGUCGAGAAGAUGCUUCCUACGCCAGAGGCAAAGCAAUGCUGGUCUCCAACUCACACCACAACACCUCCAACCGAGGUGUGUGUCGAGCCCAGCCGCACCCCAACCAGGACCAGCCUCCCUAUCCGUCCAGCGGGGCAACGGCCUGUGAGUCUGCUGAAGUCUCACAGCAGCGUGGCCACUCGCGGCCGCGACUCCAGGGACGGAAGAGAGCGCAGUCCUACCUCAGCCCAGAGCCUCGACCGCAAGGACUGCCGCAUGCCGACGCGGUCUCCAGGCCCCUGCAGGGCCUCCUGGGCCGAGGCGAGCAGGCCCGAAGGAUGGAGGGACCUGCGGGACGAGGCGCAGGCUGGAAUACCUCUAGAGAUUGGAGGUGGCAUGGCUGCAGUGAUGAGAGACAUCCCCAGGAAAGAGAGACUAAAGACAGGCUCGACCUCCCUGCCCGCACCUGCCACACAGGUCCCAAAGCCGGCGCGCAAAGGUAAAAGCCGCACGCUGGAUAACAGUGACCUGAACAGCCUCUCUGAAGACCUGGGGCUGGCCAGGGACGCCCAGCAGACACAGCAGGGCCAACGAGGCUCCGCCAAAGACAGGAAGAUGCUCAAAUUCAUCAGUGGCAUUUUCACAAAGAGCAGCUCGGGGGCAGCGGGGUCAUCCGCCACAGCUCCUCCUGUCUAUAUACAGAGAGACUCCAGUGAGGAGGAAGUAAAUAUUUCCAACAGCCAGGAGUGGACCCUGACCAGAUCCAUCCCAGAGCUAAGACUGGGCAUUUUGGGAAGUCUGAAAAGCGGAAAGUCAGCGCUGGUGAACAAAUACAUUACAGGCAGUUAUGUUGCACUUGAGAAGCCUGAUGGUGGCAGGUAUAAAAAGGAAGUGCUGGUGGAUGGACAGAGUCAUCUAUUACUGAUCCGAGAGGAAGCUGGACCACCUGAUGCACAGUUCAGCAGCUGGGUUGACGCUGUGAUCCUGGUCUUCAGUCUGGAGAACGAGGCCAGUUUCCAGGAGCUCUACCAGCUCUACAGCCAGCUCAGCGAAUUCCGCACAGACAUCCCCGUCAUAGUGGUCGGCACCCAAGAUAAAAUCAGUAGCACCAACCCCCGUGUGAUCGAGGAUCAGAGAGCCAGGAAGUUGUGUAUUGAUGUGCGUCACUCGCUGUUUUACGAGACCUGCGCCACCUAUGGCUUCAACGUUGAUCGAGUGUUUUCAGAGGCCGCUCAGAAGAUCGUGGCUCAGAAGAAGCAGGCGGCGCUGCAGGCCUGCAAGUCUCUCCCCAACUCGCCCAGUCACUCUGGAGUUUCCACACCUGGAUCAGCAUCGCUCCCUGGCCAGGCCAGUAAUGGCCCCAGUACUGGCUACUCCUGCUCCCUCCCCGGCACCCCUGUGGUGGGUCACAGAGAGCUGCGGGUCGCACAGGGAGAGGGGGGAUGCAACUCACGUGCGCUGAAAAACAUCCCCAGACGACCCUCCCUCUUCAAGAACCGGGACACGGACAAGAAAGCCGGUGAUCCUAAGGGAGACCUGAGCAGCGUGCGGGGCGUCCCCAUCAAACAGAGCAUCCUGUGGAAGAGAAGUGGCAGCUCUCUGAAUAAGGAGUGGAAGAAGAAAUACGUCACCCUGUCCAACAACGGCACGCUGUCUUACCACUCCAGCUCCAAUGACUACAUGCAGAACAUCCACGGGAAAGAAAUUGACCUGCUUCGUGUGACGGUUAAAGUUCCUGGGAAACGUCCUCCGAGAGCCGUCGCUCCUGCGGGCCCCUCACCUGUCCCCCCCGGCGCUGUACCUGGAGUUAACGGGCUGAGUAAGGAUCCUACAACAGCUGACAGCACCAAUACAGGUCCUCUGUUGUGUCCAGGCACUCGGUCAAUGGUUGACGAUCGGUCUGGCGGUUUGUCCCCUCAAGGUGGAGAGAGAGGACUUCAGCGCUGCCCGUCCUCACUGUCCACCAAAGCACAAAGUGUUGAUGCCCUUGAAGCGACAGCCAGUCCUUUUGCUGGAAAAGAUCCGGGACAGUCGUCUCCCAUGAGCGACAGGAAGAAGAACAGGAGGAAGAAGAGCAUGAAUCAGAAAGGAGAUGCAGCCGUUGGACAGGCUGAAGCCAAACGCAAAAUGUGGAAAUUAAAGAGCUUUGGUAGCUUGAGAAACAUUAAUAAGACAGAGGAGGAGAACGCAGACUUUAUCAUCGUGUCGUCUACUGGGCAGACGUGGCACUUUGAGGCUCAGAGCCAGGAGGACAGGGACUCCUGGGUUUCGGCCAUAGAGAGCCAGAUCCUGGCGAGUCUGCAGUCCUGUGAGAGCGGCAGAAACAAGGCACGUAGGAGCAGUCAGAGUGAGGCCGUAGCGCUUCAGGCCAUCCGCAACGCCAAGGGCAACAGUCUGUGCGUGGACUGCGAAGCACCGAAUCCCACCUGGGCCAGUCUCAAUCUGGGCGCGCUGAUCUGCAUCGAGUGCUCAGGGAUCCAUCGGAACCUGGGGACUCACCUGUCUCGCGUUCGCUCUCUGGACCUGGACGACUGGCCCGGAGAGCUCACACAGGUCCUGGCUGCCAUUGGAAACCACACGGCCAACAGCAUCUGGGAGUGCUGCACGCAGGGCAGAACUAAACCCACGCCUAAUGCAACACGUGAGGAAAGAGAGUCCUGGAUUCGAGCCAAGUAUGAACAGCGGGCUUUUGUGGCUCCUCUCGAUCCGGUCCUGGGGUCCCAGCUGUCGGAGGACAGUAUGCCGGUGUGGCUGCUGUCUGCAGUGACUGAGAGAGAUCUGCCCAGACUGCUGCUGCUCCUGGCCCACAGCACCAAGGAACAGAUCAACGCUCAACCGGCCGGGUCGACCUCGCAGCCGCGCACGGCCCUGCACGCUGCUUGUCAGCUGGGAGAAGUGGUCAUGACCCAGCUGCUCGUCUGGUAUGGAAUCGACAUGAAAGCGACAGAUAACCAAGGCCAGACGGCCAUGAUGAUAGCCAGAAGAAACGGGAGCAAAGGCUGCAUUGAUAUUUUGCUCCAGCACGGCUGUCAGGCCGACUCGCCCCCCACCACUGCCACGCCUGUCCUCUCCCGCCGGUCCAGCUCUGCCAGCCUGGGCCGAAACAACUCCAGGAAACGGGUGUCGUAGCAUGGACUGAAGAUGCUACCACACGGGAGCUGGUGAUAACGUAGUAACCUGUGGGAUACGGGCAGAGCUGACCUUGGAGAGCGGUGUACGAUAAGAAAAAUGACAGGACUAUAUAAUAGUAUUAAAGAUAAAAAUAAUGCUUCUGAAGACUGAACAACAUAUCAAACAACUUAAAAGCAAUAUCCAUUCAAUUUGUUGGUGACAGAUAUAUUGCUGAAAUACUGUGUUGUUGUUGACCUCAUUUCAAAAUGACUCAAGUAGAACCUUGUAGCUGUCUUCUGUGAUUUAAGAGCAGACUCUCGAUCUGCUUCUGUUUCACUUCCUCCAGAAGAAGUGCAAUAAUCCAGCUAUGAUGACGAAAAGCAACAAGUUUUAGAGCGAAACGUGUCGGACGACUGUUUGGUCACUGCUGUGAGAGAAUUAUUACGUCGAGAGGCUGAUGCUUUUAUUCAGAUUUGCUGUGACUGGACCAAAAUUUUUUAAAUUUUUAUUUUAUUUUUCGUUUUGUUUCUUCGGGCUUUACAAAUAAAACAUAAACCUACAAUAUGUCAUGUUGUUAGAUAUGUGUGCCUGUUGCAGCAGUAUAAAGGUCAGUUUAUAUAUAAAACGAAUCAGCUGAGAUAAUUCUGCUUAGACUAGAAAAGUGAAUGGUUUGGAAUAUGAAAUAUGUCAGUGUUACUCUCACAGGUCAAAGAUAUGGCGUUUUAAUAUACUGUAAAUGUACCUAUACUACAAACUUAAUGUUCAGCUCUGUAAACGAAGACACAACAGAAAAAUCAGACUCGAUUUUGUAAAUGAUUUCUUACUGGUGGUUUUAAAAAUAUGUCAAGUUUGUUUUUUCAUUGUCUUUUAUAAUUUCCUAUUCUCCGACAUGUCAUGAAGGCAUAAACCAGUAAACAAAUGCUUUUACAUAUGUGAACAUGUGGCUAUUUGUUAAAAGUUUUUUUUUUUUUUUUUAUGAUAGCCAGAGGGCUAUGUAAAAACUGAGACAUUAGUCAUGCCCACAUUACUGUUGUAUAGGUCUCUCCCAUCAGUUUACAGUGAAGUAUGAAGCGGUUACAGGUGUCACUGUUACUUCUGACACUUUAUGGAUCGUGUGAAUCCCUCAUGAGCUAAAAGAAAUGGUUACUGGAAUAAAAUAAACUUCUUUUUUAAAAUGA